CCCACAGGGGGAGCCCUGGGCCGCAGCUUGGAGGAAGGGACUGGAAGCAAGUUCAGGAACGCUGGUCUGGGCCAGACUCCCAUGUGUGCCUGGCAGCCCCAGACCUGCCUGCCUUCCUGAUUGCUAUUCUAGAGCAAAGGUCACUUGGCAGUCUGAAUCAGCCUUUUUUUUUUUUUUCCUCCUUCCUCAAACGUAAUGACCGUAUAAGGAAAGCCAGCAUUGCAAACUCAGAAAGUGUCUCUACCGGCCCCUUGUCUUCCGUGCACAGUUCGUGAACCAGGACAUCUACGUGAAAGAUGGCUGGGAAUUCAAUCCUGCUGGCUGCUGUCUCUAUUCUCUCUGCUUGUCAGCAAAGUUAUUUUGCUUUGCAGGUGGGAAAGGCGAGAUUGAAAUACAAAGUUAUGCCCCCGGCAGUCACUGGGUCACCAGAGUUUGAGAGAAUAUUUCGUGCACAACAAAACAGUGUGGAGGCUUAUCCCAUAUUUAUGAUCACAUUGUGGAUGGCUGGAUGGUAUUUCAACCAAGUCUUUGCCACGUGCCUGGGUCUGGUGUACAUAUACGCCCGCCACCAGUACUUCUGGGGAUAUGCAGAAGCUCCUAAAAAAAGGAUGGCUGGUUUCCAGUUGAGCCUGAGUGCGUUGGCCUUGUUGGGUGUCCUAGGUGCCCUGGGGAUCGCAAACAGCUUUCUGGACGAAUAUCUGGACCUCGAUAUUACCAAGAAAAUGAGGCGGCUCUUCUGACUUUAUUUUCUUCCUUUUACUUUAAUGCUUGUGAAAUGGCUCUCCGACAGUAAUACGGUAUCAUGUGGUAAAUUUAAAAAAUAUAAUAAAAGUAUUUUGUUUUUCUUGAAA